CAUCGACUCUAUCUUUUUUUUUCUUCCGACCGACACCGGCCGCCAUCGAACACGAACGCAUCCACAAGCAUCGCAGCGCACCGCACCGCAUUGCACACCAGCACCCCUUCCCCGUGACCUUCCACCAUGUCGGCAGCGUGUGCGACACCGCAAGCGAUUGCUCCGUCCGAGGAUCCCGGCCGCGAGCAGAGCACCCAUGAUCCCUUGUCGGUCUCGAGCCGCAAGAGCAUCCUGGCCGACGACAAGAGCAGCCGCGGCGAGGAACCCGGCGGCGGCAACGAACCCAGCGACGUCCCGGGCGCCAAGCAACGAAGGCCUUCCAAGGGCAGCGAACCCGCUGCGGGGGCGAACGAAUCGCCCUCGUCGUGCAGUUCCCUGCACGCCGAGCCRCCCGCCCAKGGGGAGUCGUCCUUUCUGGAAGGCGGGACCCGGGACGACAGCKGCCGGUCCRGAAGCAGCCGYACAAAACCGAGYGCGGCGCAGACGCAGACGCAGCACUUUUGCUCCGAGAUGCUCAGGGUCGGUGUCUGCCAGACGGACUUUGCCGAGCAAAUGGACAUUUUCAUGCGCUGCCAGCACCCCCUGGACAUUCUGGGKAUGUUCCAGGACGAGGACGACGACAAGRCCGACAGCAUCAACGCCUCGGAACACCACRAUGGGGAGGGAGGAAAGGUGGUGGUGGCUUCGGCCCCGCGGGCCAACAAGACGAGCGGCUACCACGCCAUACCCCGGUCCUGCGAGUACUGCGGAUCCCCCGACAUCGACCUGUGCGAGGACUACAGCCACAACACGUGCGAGCGGCCAAAGUCCUUCUUUCCGAGGGAGAUGCCGCCGUUUUUCCGCAAGUCCUGCGGAACGAAGCUGCCGUGGGGAGGCGGCGGCGGCGGCGACGACGAGAAGGAGAACCGCUUCGSGACCGUCUUUGGCGUGGCGGUGGCGGUGGACCCGGCGGGCAAGACCGGGGACGCGGAAGCGGAGGAUGUUGGCGGCGCGGGACCAGCGAGGAUGGCGUGCUCGGCCUGGGUGUAACGGAGCAGAGCGAGGCCAAGCCCAACCAAACCAAACCCGCACCGGGGAAACAGAUCGAGGUCCGCGCUCGGCCUUUGAACAGAAUAGUGUAUAAGGGAUAGUAGUAYGCUAUUAGGUACUUCUAGGACAG